AUGCAAAACCAACCUUUCUCCGUCCGACCAUCGCCCAGUGUCGCUUCAUCAGGAAGCCCAAUGAGUUCCCACGAAGCUACACAGCAUCCGCUUCCUUCGCAUCAAUUCCCCCACCUCGGUCGUCCGGGUUUAUCACCGCCAGAGUCAGCAUUGAUGUCUUCUUUUUACUCUCCGCGCGACAUGGGAUCGGUCUCACCCCAAGACGGGCCUUCUCAUUUCGGGGACAACUUACGACCAGGCGGUGGUGGAAGUGGUACGCCGUCUCCGGCCCAGAUAUCAGCUCUGAUGAUGCACAAUCCGAAGCGAGCAUAUCGACAAAGAAGAAAGGACCCCAGUUGUGAUGCAUGCCGAGAGCGCAAAGUGAAGUGUGAUGCUACGGAAACUUCUAGUUGUACAGAAUGCUCCAGUCGGAAUGUCCGUUGUCAGUUUACAAAGGACACCAAUCGGCGCAUGUCCUCCAUCAAACAAGUGCAGGAUCUGGAAAGACAACUCUCAGAUGCCCGUCAGCAGCUAGAUCGGUUCCGAGCGGUUGAACAGAAACACGAUUUUGCCUCCGAUCUACGACCAGACUCGUCCUCGUCGAUUGUUACAGAAUUUCCUUCAGUUGGAAAGUCGCCUAGAAGAAUGCUCAAAGCAAGGUCGCCACAAGACCUUACAUAUGCGAGAUCGCAACUGUACGACAUUGGCCGUGGCCUCCUGAAACCACCAGUUACUGGUGCUCAACCCCGAACACAUCCUAUACACCCCCAUGUUUCAGAUUUAACAGCUCUUCCCUCACGAGCUGCAGCAGAACGAUUGCUCCAUUACUACCACGAGUGCAUUCAUCGACAGUUCCCUGUACUUCACUGGCCUUCGUUUCAGCACAACUUUGCGACUCUUAUGGAACGUGGAACCUCUACAGCGUUGCCGAAAGACUGGUUAGCGUUGCUGUACUCUGUUUUGGCGUGCAGUGCCCUUGCAACACACGACCCUGGGAGGCUUCCAGAAGCACAAGAAUACUUGACAAGGGCAAUCGCGUCGAUCAAUUUCUGGGAAGAUGACGUGUCUCCGAACCAAGCGACUGUAGCGUUCCUAGCUAGCAUUUCGCUUGCUGAGAUGAACAGAAAAUCUGCGAGCUGGAUUUGGCUUGGCUCAGCGGUCCGCAUCAUACAAGAUCUCGGGUUCCAUGUGCAAGGAGGACAAUGGUCCUCUAUAGACGGAGAAAUGCGGAAAAGAAUGUGGUAUUCGUUUUAUGUCUGGGAUCGUGUCCUGGCGUUAGAACUCGGGAAGCCCAUGCUGAUAAACGAUGAGGAUUUCGACACCGAGUAUCCUGAGGUUCUCGACGAGGAACGACUUGCAGCCGACGAAACGCAGACUCCAUUACCCCCUACACUCUUACUCGCGAAUAUCCAUAUCGCACGAUUGAUGGCACCACUUUCCAAGAUGUUUCGAACGCUGUGCAUCACGAACGAUGCACUAACGAAGUUCGAAACUUAUCUAGGAGACUGUUUGCAGCUCUUUCCACGGCCGUUGCAGCUUUCAUCCACCACUCCACUAGAUCCAUGCAUUAUGGCGCCGCUGCUCCAUUUUCAGAACACACGAAUUCUCCUCCAUCGACAUAAUAUAUCCCCUUCUUGCUCGCCGGAACAGCGAUCACAGGCUAUUGAGCAGUGCCUGCAUGCGUCUCGGGACACAGCGAGUCUUCUUUCGCGCUGCAUGAUCCCCCACAUUCAUUCUCACGAUUGGGAGCAGCGUUUUGUAUUAUCAGCAACAAGCGCCUUGUGUACGCAUAUCUGGCGCUGCAUGCUUUUUCUUCUCCUUCGACAAUCAUAUGACGCGUUUUUGGUCUUGUUGCGCGCUGCUUCAACGAUUGGGGAUGUAAGAUCGAUUAAUAUCUCAUGUGGCAGAUACUUGUCAUUCUUUUUACGGCGAUUAAUAGAGCGCUACGAGCAAUCGGUCAACAUCGAUGUUGACCAAGACGAGGAGGUCCUCACAUACCUAUCAGCGGACCUUCAAGCCACCACAAAUAGUUGGGUCUGGGGAAAUGCCGAAACGGGUACUCAUCUCAGUCGACGACAGAAACAUGGGCGGCCAAAGCAUGCAAACUCUGAGCAGGAUUCGCAACUUGCGAGUGGGCCACAGUCACCAUCAUGGGAUAGCGUACUCUCAGAAGAAGAGCAGCAUGACUGGGGCGGAUGGCAGCAAAUUGACCGCUCGGUCCAGUACUUGCAACAAUUAACAGAAAGGUCCCGCCAGCGACAACAAGAUCAGCUACAAUCUGGGUUCGGCAAAUCCGAAGGCAUUAGCCCAAUAUCUGGACCAACCUUAGCCCCCAUUAAUACCACAAAUUUAUCAGGGGACUCGAAUAGAUCACGAAUGACGAUCGCCAACAUAAUAUAG